UGCAGAGUACAACAGAUGCUGGGAAGGACCUCUGCUUGCUAUAGCUAAAGCUGCAGGUUUUCUUAAAUCCAAGCCAUGAAUGAAUCCAGGUGGACUGAAUGGAGGAUGCUGAACAUGAGCAGUGGCAUUGUGAAUGUAUCUGAGCAUCACGCCUGCCCACUUGGAUUUGGCCACUACAGUGCAGUGGAUGUCUGCAUUUUUGAGACAGUUGUUAUUGUCUUGCUGACAUUUCUUAUUAUUGCUGGGAAUUUAACGGUCAUCUUUGUCUUUCAUUGUGCUCCACUCUUACACCAUUAUACUACCAGCUAUUUCAUUCAGACAAUGGCCUAUGCUGAUCUUUUUGUUGGAGUCAGCUGCUUGGUUCCAACUCUCUCACUUCUCCACUACUCCACAGGUAUCCACGAGUCAUUGACUUGCCAGGUUUUUGGAUAUAUCAUCUCAGUUUUAAAAAGUGUUUCUAUGGCAUGUCUUGCUUGCAUAAGUGUGGAUCGCUAUCUUGCAAUAACCAAGCCUCUUUCCUACAAUCAACUGGUCACCCCUUGUCGCCUGAGAAUUUGCAUUGCUUUAAUCUGGAUCUACUCCUGCCUAAUUUUCUUGCCUUCCUUUUUUGGCUGGGGGAAACCUGGUUACCACGGUGACAUUUUUGAAUGGUGUGCCACCUCUUGGCUCACCAGUGCCUAUUUUACUGGCUUUAUUGUUUGUUUACUUUAUGCUCCUGCUGCCUUUGUCGUCUGCUUCACUUACUUCCACAUUUUCAAAAUAUGCCGGCAGCACACCAAAGAGAUAAAUGACCGGCGGGCACGAUUCCCUAGCCAUGAGGUGGAUGCCUCCAGAGAGACUGGACACAGCCCUGACCGUCGCUAUGCCAUGGUUUUAUUUCGGAUAACCAGUGUAUUUUACAUGCUGUGGCUUCCCUAUAUCAUUUACUUUCUUCUAGAAAGCUCCCGCAUCUUGGACAAUCCAACGCUGUCCUUCCUAACCACCUGGCUUGCUAUAAGUAAUAGUUUUUGUAACUGUGUGAUAUACAGCCUUUCCAACAGUGUUUUCCGGCUAGGCCUCCGAAGACUGUCUGAGACAAUGUGCACAUCUUGUAUGUGUGUGAAGGAUCAUGAAGCACGGGACCCCAAACCUAGGAAACGGGCUAAUUCCUGCUCCAUUUGAAGAGAACUGCACAGCAAAACAAGUGCAAUCAGACAGUUGAUUUUUGGAUCAUAUUUUUGAUUCAUCUGGAAAUUUGCCUCUGGAGAAAUACUUACUUGAAUAGUUGAAUAUGAGCUGAAGGGACUAAAGGUUUCUUCCUUCCCCACCUCCCUUCAUGGAUAAAAAAGAUUAAAGGAAGGAAUGCAUAGAGGGUAAUCUCAAGAGAUGAUUUUAGUGUGUGAGUAUAAAUAUGCAGUAAUAGCAAAGAUUAAGCACUGAGGGUAAAGAAGUAUCUCAGAUCUUCUACAGGACAUGAGCAAAACCCCUUGGUGUUUCUCUGUCUCUUUCUGACUAAACUUUCUUUUUUGUCUGUGUCUGUCACUCUUUGUCUCUUUGUGGAUUACUCUCUUUGUGUGUGCUGACAUUAUUACUUACAUAAAUUGCCCGUCAUAGGAAAAUGCUACAUAUUAUAUAUGUGGCAAAGUAUAAUCUUUUGCACCAUAGUGUGCUUUUAAAAACACUAAUAUGCAAUCUAUAUGUGAUCUUUCCGUGGAGGAUGUAUAGUAAACCUCAUAUUUUAUUGCC